UUUGCGAGCGAGCGAGCAACAAUAAAGUUGGAACGCGAUGUCAGCACUUGAGAACAAUGAAAGGUCCACGGUAUCGGAAAAAAUCUCAAACAAUAAUUACGAAUCUGAUAUAAAAUAUAUGCUUCGGUAUACGAAACGGCUACUAGAAAUUCUUGGUAUUUGGCAAAUGGUUACGAACGAUACUUCAUUAAAGUCGAAGCUCUUAUCAAGGAUAUCGGUGAUUCUGUGUCUGGUGAGCAUGGCGUUUUUACUCGUACCAACUGGACUCCACAUCAGCUUGCGAGUUCGCGAUUUCGCGAGUGCCCGAGUCAGCCUCGGUUACUUCUCACCUUGUGUCGCCAGUGUUCUAAAAUACGCUUUCAUCAUAUAUCACUCAAAGAAUAUUAAAUUCUGUUUAAAACACAUGGAAUCCGAUUGGAUGAACGUCGUUGGUCAUCACGAUCGAACGAUCAUGAUUAAAAAUGUAAAAGUCGAACACGUCAUAACCGCAGCUUCGGGCCUCCUACUGUAUUCCGGUGGAGUUUUUUUACACGCUGUUAUGCCAUUGAUUAAAGGACCGAGCCUAAAUUCCCGCAACGAAACUAUACGACCUAUCGUUUAUCCCGGAUAUGAUUUUUUCCUUGAUCCACAAAUAACUCCAACUUACGAAAUUAUUUUUUGCACCAUUUGCUUCUCCGCAUUUAUCAGAUUUACAGUUACCCUCACCGCGGUCAAUCUCACAGCUCUUUUCGUUAAUCACACGUGCGGACAAGCGCAAAUCGUUGUGUCACGACUUGAAAAAUUAUUCGAUCAUAUCAACAACGAUGCGACGAAUGAAAGAGAAAUCGAGAGACGCAUUUCUUUCCUUGUUUUGCGUCACGUCCGAGGUUUACGACUGUCUACGAUAAUCGAUCAGAUUUUGAAGGAGAUAUGCCUGGUCGAAGUCGUAACUGCUACGCUGAUAUUAUGCCUGCUCGAAUAUUACGUCGUGGAAUGGAAAUCUCUCGGGGUUAGCCAAACCGUUACAUUUUCUUUGCUGCUCGUAUCGUACACUUACAACAUAUACAUGUUCUGCUAUAUCGGCGAACUCCUCAAAGAUCAGUUUCAACAAGUUGGAAAAGCUGCAUAUAUGAUCGAAUGGUACCGAAUACCAAAGAAAAAUAAACUUUCCAUGAUCCUAAUAAUAGCGAUUGCCAACUACCCUGCUCGUAAAGUAACCGCCGGGGGGUUAAUUGAACUAUCGAUCAACACUUUUGGAGUCGUAAGCGCCCGAAAAAUAUACGCGAAUAUUAUGAAAACAUCGAUAGUGUAUCAAAAUAUGCUACGGACUUUUUCACAAGCUGCUGACUGAUUCAACACGACCCGCCGUUACCCGCCGCCUCUCGCGUCAUGAGUAGAUUAUGGCUUUGUCAAAACAUCUUUGAAUGCUUCGCUAUAACACGCAUAUAUUUUAUUUCGAACUUAAUGCACGUAUUAUAUUAAACAGUAGUUGAUUAAAUAAAAGAUAGAAUGU